AUGGUGCCAUGCAAGGCUGCCAGCAGCGCGCAGGGCACUCGCCGAGCGACUGGGGAUGAUAAGUUGAAGCUCAUCAAUUCGGUGGACUGCUUCAUCUUCGACUGCGACGGCGUCAUCUGGAGGGGCGAUUCGGUGAUCGACGGGGUUCCUGAGACCCUGGACCUGCUGCGGUCGCUGGGCAAGAAGCUGGUGUUUGUGACCAACAACUCCACCAAGAGCCGCGCGGGCUACCUCGGGAAGUUCACCAGCCUCGGCCUCAACAUCAACGCGAAGGGUAUGAUACAAGCAGCAGCCUCAGCAGCAGCAGCGACGCCGGUGACGGCGAUGGCGGCGGCAGCGGUGGCGAUACCAGAGGCGCCGCCAAGAAGCUGCAGCGGCAGCGGCAGCGGCAGCGGCAGCGGCAGCGGCAGCGGCAGCGGCAGCGGCAGCGGCAGCCAUAGCAGAAGCGGGAGGCGCAGCUAUGGCAGCAGCAUCAGCAUUCAGCCAGAGGAGAUCUACUCUUCCUCUUACGCAGCGGCGGCCUACCUCGAAUCGAUCAACUUUGACAAGUCCAAGAAGGUCUACGUCAUCGGCGAGACCGGCAUCCUCGAGGAGCUCGACCUCAAGGGCAUCCCUCACCUCGGCGGCCCGGCCGACGCGUCCAAGGUUGUGUCGCUCAAGCCUGGGGAGUUCAUGGAGCACGACCACGACGUCGGCGCGGUUGUCGUCGGCUUUGACCGCAACAUCAACUACUACAAGAUCCAGUACGCCACCCUCUGCAUCCGCGAGAACCCCGGCUGCCUGUUCAUUGCCACCAACCGCGACGCGGUGACGCACCUGACAGACGCACAGGAGUGGGCGGGCAACGGCAGCAUGGUGGGCGCCAUCAUCGGGUCCACCAAGAGGGAGCCCCACACCGUCGGCAAGCCCAGCAACUUCAUGCUGCUCAACAUCGCGGACCAGUUCGGCCUCAAGCCCGAGCAGAUCUGCAUGGUGGGCGACAGGCUGGACACGGACAUCCUGUUUGGCCAGAACGGGGGCCUGGCGACGUGCCUGGUGCUAUCGGGGGUCACGACUGAGGAGCAGCUGCUGUCGCCUGACAACAAGGUGCAGCCGGACUUCUACAUGGGGCAGCUCUCUGAUCUCAUGGAGGUCAAGGAGGCCUUGACAGUGGCCGCGUGA